CCCCUCUGCUAAAAGUGAGUCGUUCCCCAAAAUUUCCUCCGAAAAUAUCCCUCCCCCCUCUAAUGGCUCCCGAGAUCCGGCGCCUAUAAAUAACCCCCUCUUCAACCGCCCCCCACACUCCCAACCCGUCCAAUGCCGCCGCAUCCCACCCCCCUCCCCCUCUCCUCCUCCGCCUCCUACUCCAAAGACGACAAGUCCAAGCGCCCCAAACCCUACCCCUCCUCCUUCGCGGCGCGGCGCCUCCCCCUCUCCCUCCCCCUCCUCCUCCUCCUCUCCGCCGCGUGCCUCCUCGUCGGCGCAGCGGCGAUCGCCCUCUCCGCCGCAGCCCUCCGCCGCCCCCCGCGCACCGUCACCGUCUUCCGCUGCGGCCGCGCCGAGGACGCGCUCCGAACGUUCCGCUCCGCGGCCGGCGACGCCGCCGCGGCGCGGCCCAAGGUGCUCGGGUUCGUCGGCGUCCAAACGGGGUUCGGAUCGGCCGAUCGCCGGAACGCUCUCCGGAGCACGUGGUUCCCGCCUAAUCCCGAUGGAUUGGUUAGCUUAGAACAUGCGACUGGUUUAGCCUUUAGAUUUGUGAUUGGGCGGACAAAGCACCGCAAAAAAAUGGCCGAACUCCAGAAAGAAGUGGAUAUGUACCAUGAUUUCAUGUUCACAGAUGUCGAAGAAGAGUACUUAAAGCUCCCUCAAAAGACGUUAGCAUUUUUCAAAGCAGCUUUCGACCUUUUUGAUGCAGAGUACUAUGUCAAAGCCGAUGAUGACAUUUACCUACGGCCAGACAGACUUGCUACUCUUCUUGCCAAGGAUCGAUCCCAUCGUAUGACCUACAUUGGUUGCAUGAAGAAAGGCCCAGUCAUAACUGAUCCAAAGAUGAAAUGGUAUGAAAGUUCAGGUCAGUUGAUCGGUAACGAAUACUUCCUACACGCGUAUGGUCCAAUAUAUGCUCUUUCUGCUGAUGUGGUAGCUGCUCUAGCCAUUGCAAGAAAUGAUAGUCUAAGAAUGUUUAACAAUGAGGAUGUUACCAUUGGCUCGUGGAUGCUAGCUAUGAAUGUCUAUCAUGAAGAUAACCGGGCCAUAUGUGAUCCAACAUGCACACCAACAUCUAUUGCUGUUUGGGACAUUCCAAAAUGUUCAGGUUUGUGCAACCCAGUCGAGAAAAUGAAGGAGCUUCACAAUAACACCAUGUGCUCAAAGAGUCCAACAUUACCACCUGAAGAAGAAGCAGACGAGUAAUGUUAUAUCCAGAUUUGUUAUUCAGCCAGUAUAUUUUGUCGUGGAAUGCAGCAUUCUCGCUUUUUUGGGGAGCCAUAUCUGGGUUUGCAUCCUCUUCACACUCAUGUAACCAUUUCUUGUGAUUUGUUAAACAUUGUAAACUGUGUUGUGUUUUGAUCUAAAGAUUGUGUAUCAUUUUGUAGAUGGAGAGACAAUGUUCGGCAAAAAAUUGAGGACACAUGUAACAUAGUGUAAUUCGAAACAAUCCAAACUUUUUGUUAUACCUAUAUUGGUGUUA